GGCGGGCGUUCUGGGUUCUGCACUACACACCCCUCCCCCGCUCUCAGCCAAGCUUUUGACGAGGGCGGGCGGGCCUGAGUGGGAAGAACGGUUUCCCUGGCGACGGUUUCCCAGGCGACUUCAGGUGGAGCGGGGAUAUUGCACAGGGCGAUGGGCCUCCCAGUGCCCCGGCCUGAGGGCGGCUGGACUUGAGUUCUGGGACGCAGCCUUAGGGAGUCUUUCGAGCGAGGGGGGAAAGUAGCUCAGAAGAGAGCAAAUACAGCUGGCAGAGAGAGAAGUUGGCUAGCAUGGAAUCACCAGAGGAGCCUGGAGCAUCCAUGGAUGAGAACUACUUUGUGAACUAUACUUUCAAAGAUCGGUCACACUCAGGCCGUGUGGCUCAAGGCAUCAUGAAACUGUGUCUAGAGGAGGAGCUCUUUGCUGAUGUCACCAUUUCGGUGGAAGGCCGGGAGUUUCAGCUCCAUCGGCUGGUCCUCUCAGCUCAGAGCUGCUUCUUCCGAUCCAUGUUCACUUCUAACCUGAAGGAGGCCCACAACCGGGUGAUUGUGCUGCAGGAUGUCAGUGAGUCUGUUUUCCAGCUCCUGGUUGAUUAUAUCUACCAUGGGACUGUGAAACUUCGAGCUGAGGAGUUGCAGGAAAUUUAUGAGGUGUCAGACAUGUAUCAGUUGACAUCUCUCUUUGAGGAAUGCUCUCGGUUUUUGGCCCGCACAGUGCAAGUGGGAAACUGCCUUCAGGUGAUGUGGCUGGCAGAUCGGCACAGUGAUCCUGAGCUCUAUACUGCUGCCAAACACUGUGCCAAGACCCACCUGGCCCAGCUGCAGAAUACAGAGGAAUUUCUCCACUUGCCUCACCACCUACUCACAGAUAUCAUCUCGGAUGGAGUUCCAUGUUCUCAGAACCCAACAGAGGCAAUAGAAGCCUGGAUUAACUUUAAUAAAGAGGAAAGAGAGGCUUUUGCAGAGUCACUCAGGACAAGCUUGAAGGAAAUUGGGGAGAAUGUGCACAUUUACCUGAUUGGGAAAGAGUCAUCUCGUACCCACUCGUUGGCUGUGUCCUUGCACUGUGCAGAAGAUGACUCCAUCAGUGUAAGUGGCCAAAACAGCUUGUGCCACCAGAUCACUGCGGCCUGCAAGCAUGGUGGAGACUUGUAUGUGGUGGGAGGGUCCAUCCCACGGCGCAUGUGGAAGUGCAACAAUGCCACCGUUGACUGGGAGUGGUGUGCUCCUUUGCCUCGGGACCGGCUCCAGCACACCCUGGUGUCUGUGCCCGGGAAAGAUGCCAUAUAUUCACUGGGUGGCAAGACACUGCAAGAUACCCUCUCCAAUGCAGUCAUUUAUUAUCGCGUAGGUGAUAAUGUGUGGACAGAGACAACCCAGCUAGAGGUGGCUGUGUCAGGGGCUGCUGGUGCCAACCUCAACGGGAUCAUCUACUUACUGGGGGGGGAGGAGAAUGAUCUGGACUUCUUUACCAAACCUUCCCGACUCAUCCAGUGCUUUGACACAGAGACAGACAAAUGCCAUGUGAAGCCCUAUGUGCUGCCCUUUGCAGGCCACAUGCACGCAGCUGUGCAUAAAGAUCUGGUGUUCAUCGUGGCUGAAGGGGACUCUCUGGUAUGUUACAAUCCCUUGCUAGACAGCUUCACCCGGCUUUGCCUUCCUGAGGCCUGGAGCUCUGCCCCAUCCCUCUGGAAGAUUGCCAGCUGUAACGGGAGCAUCUAUGUCUUCCGGGACCGAUAUAAAAAGGGGGAUGCCAACACCUACAAGCUUGACCCUGCCACUUCAGCCGUAACUGUCACAAGAGGUAUUAAGGUGCUGCUUACCAAUUUGCAGUUUGUGUUGGCCUAAGGCUGUGGGGAGGGGAGGAGAGCUGCUCACUCCUUUUCCCUCCCCAUCCAAACUCAAAGUCCCCCGGGCCCCAAUUCAGAGUAAUGUAUUUUUUGGCACAUACUAGAAAGGCAGUGCCUCAGCCCUUCCCUGAACGCAUGGAGGUGUUCUGUUUGGGGCUUUUUAGACUGCUGCUGCUCAGCUGGUUGCUUGAACUGACAGUAGGCCAGCCUGUUCUCUGCCAUCCCCUAGUCAUUGUGUGCCUCACCACAGCUUGCUUAGAGCAAGCUGUUUCUCAGACCUUAGGCACAGCCUCUCCUCUUUACCUGAUCAAUGUUAAAUAUAAGCACCCCUGAUCCCAGGACAUAAGGAAAGAUGCCCAAUUGUACUUUUGUUCUAUAACCUAUGAAAUGGCUAGUUGAUCAUUUUUCCACAAAGAAUUAGGUGUUAAGAGUUUUCCUUCAGGCUUUACUUAGGAGAAUGGACUAAGCUGAAGGUGUACUUCACCAGCAAGAGUCAACUCUAGAAUUCAGGACGUUCCUUCUAUUGUUUUCUCAUCCAUCUGUCAGGAAAUGUAACUUUGGUUUUAUUUUUGGCUUAUUCCAAGGGGUAAGCCAGAAAAUAGAAAUGAUUAUUUCUGAUUAAUAGCAGAAACUUUUUCAAGCUCAAAUAUGUAAGGUGUCUGCUCUUUUAAAAGCUCUAAGCUAAGUCAAGAGCUAGGAAGUGUUGAUACAAAUAAAAGUUUUUGAAGGGA